CAGUGUUGGUAACAAGAAGAACAAAAAGAUCCCGAAUCUUUGCGACGUGUUGUUCGAUUGGAGUGCGUUGAAUUUAUCGUAGAAAAAUCGACCGCACAAUGCAAGGACCGGCCGUUUUCAUCGAUGCCGAGAUCGACGAUCAGGCACAGGAGCUGCGCCAGUUCCUGAAGGGCCUGGGCGCCGAAAUCAGCGAGGAAAAGUCUACCAAGGGCAUCGAGGAUGAUCUGCACAAGAUCAUCGGUGUGUGCGACGUCUGCUUCAAGGACAACACGCACUCGCCGGAAGAGAUCGAUGCCGUGCUGAACAGCAUCGUUUCCAUCAUCGUGUCGAUUCCGCUGGAGCGCGGCGAGAACCUGAUUCUGUCGUUCUGCGACAAGAUGACGAAAGCGAAGGAGACCAGCCUGGCGCGCGUCUGCCUGCAGUCUUUGUGGCGGCUGUUCAGCAAUCUGGAGGUGACUUCGCCUCUCCGGUACCACGUCUACUAUCACCUGGUGCAGGUGGCCAAGCAGGUCAACCAGGUGAAGGAGGUGUUCACCGGCGUGGAGCAGCUGAAAGCACAGUUCGCCCAGUGCCCGCCGUCCAACGAGCAAAUGCAAAAGCUGUACCGUCUGCUGCACGAUGUGCUGAAGGAUUCGAACAGUGAGCUAGCGUCGAAGGUAAUGAUCGAGCUGCUCGGUACGUACACCUCCGAGAAUGCGUCGUACGCUCGGGAGGAUGCCAUGAAAUGUAUCGUGACGGCGCUGGCCGAUCCCAACACCUUCCUGCUCGACCCGCUGCUCUCCCUGAAGCCGGUCCGGUUUUUGGAGGGCGAGCUCAUUCACGAUCUGCUGUCCGUGUUCGUUUCGGAAAAGCUGCCAAGCUAUCUGGAGUUUUACAAAAACCACAAGGAGUUUGUUAACUCGCAAGGUCUGAACCACGAACAGAACAUCAAGAAGAUGCGCUUGCUGUCGUUCAUGCAGCUGGCGGAGAGCAAUUCCGAGAUGACUUUCCAGCAGCUGCAGGACGAGCUGCAGAUCAAGGAGGAAGAGGUGGAACCGUUCAUUAUCGAGGUCCUGAAGACGAAGCUUGUCCGCGCCCGGAUGGAUCAGCGGGCCCGCAAGGUUCACAUUUCCAGCACAAUGCACCGAACGUUCGGUCGGCCCCAGUGGCAGCAGCUGCGCGAUCUGCUGCUCUCGUGGAAAAGCAAUCUUACCCUCGUGCAGGAAAACAUCAACACCGUCUCUGCCGCUCAGAUGGAGCUGGCCCAGCGUCAGUGAUUGUGUUGCGAGCGCGCGUGUGUUUGUAUGUCGUGAACGAAUUGGCACGGUUUCCGAUUUAACGCGAUUUGCCUGGUGCGUGGGUGGAUUCAGCUAGAGCAUAAACUCAAUAGAGACGUAAAUUCCGAAUCGUAUUAAGAAGCAAACAGAAAGUGUACGCCGUCUGGGAGGAGCAGAAGAAGGGUUACACGCAAGUGUGUUGACGUUGAGUGUGAGACCACCCAAAGGGGAGGAAGCGGAAGAUUUACCAUCUUUCUGUAGCAGUGUAUCCCCGGUGGGAAAGGUUAUCAUUCAUCGAGUAUCGUUCAUUCAUUUCGAAUUUCCAUCAUAGUAAAGAGUGAAACAUCCGGCAACGAACACCAGCCGACUGUAAAAUAAACUCUUUCACAUUAUGAACGAAA